AUGGAAGAAUAUUUGCGGAAGAGGUACUUGGGCAAGGAGCCCAAAAAGGAUAAGCGGAAUAAAAGGAGUAGUGUAAAGAUAUAUGAUAGUGAAGAAGAAGAGAGGAGAGUCCAUUCACACAUAGGAGAUGCUCCUUUGGAAGAUGAUCCUUUUGUGGUGGAGGAGUCAGACGAAAGUUCCGACAUCCCCAUAACCGUCACGGGAGAUAAUAACACAGAAAUUGUACAUAUGUCAAUAGAAAGCAAAAAAAAAAUUCUUCAAAGUUUGAAGGGAGAACUUACAAGAGACAAGUUGAUUAAUGAAAAGAGCGAAGAGGUAUGUAAGGCGAGUGUUAAGAAGUUGAGAAAGGGAAGCGACAGAUGUAGUCGGAGAGGGAAAAAAGGAGGAUCUACUAAUGGAAGCAGCAAAAAAGAGGGUGAAUCGUCUGGGGCGGAUUCCCAAAGUAGUGAUUUCUCUAGGCAUGGCGCAACGGCGGCUAAGCCAAAGGGUGGUGUGAGGGGCAAUCGUAGUGGAAGUGACUCCGACUUGUCUCCCCCGCGACGGUUGCGACGUGGUCAGGGGGGAAGAAGAAGUAGUGGUGGAAGUGACUCCGACUUGUCUCCCCCACGGCGAAGUGGUGAGGGGGGAAGAAGAAAUAGUGGUGGAAGUGACUCCGAUUUGUCGCCCCCACGGCGGUUAAAAAGCCGCCGCACAGGGGGAAAGCAGUCCGAGUCGGUGUCCAGUUCCAAUCACAGCAGUGAAGACAGUAUCGUUACAAGUGAUGAUAGGGAGCCCCAGCGACCUUGGGGAAAAGGCAAAAAAACCCAAGCAGGAACAUCCCCGGAAAAGAAGGAAAAGCAAAACAUGGAGUCUACCAUCUACAGAGAUAAAGGAGGGAAAAUCAUCUCGAGGGAGGAAUGGAUUAGUACACAAAAAAAGGAUAUGAAUACCAAGUAUAGCACAAGUGGAAAAAAGGGAGCAGGAGAUGGAGAAGAAGAGCAAGACAAAGAAAAAGAAAAAAAAAAAAAAAAAAAAAACUAA